GCAAGCAUUAGUGCCUGAAAAUCUAACAGUACAACAUGAGCCCGUGACUAACACAGAUUAACUGGUAUACAUGAAAAGGAAAACGUCUUGGAAACUUUAUGAUUUGGCUAAUCUGAUCAUCAUGAGAAUUAGUGUGAAGAGUUUAUUUCCAGUCUUGUCUGUCGCUGUGGUGUUUUUCUAUAUGAGCUCUGUCAAUUGGAAAAUCCAAACUCAAGAGAAGCAGCUUCACCAAGUCCAGCAGAACUUCUCGUUACACAGCGAACUUCUCCUCAAGAAGCUGGACAAACUGGAGGCUCAUUUAUAUGCCGUGGAAGAGAAAAGCCUCAAAGUGAAAAAUGAGAAGAAGCCAGCAAAGAAGCUGUUUCCAAACUCAUAUCUCUUCAAGAAAUGGACUGUGGAACUUUCUGAGGACGAUCAGAGGAAGGCUGAGGAUCUCUUUCAGAAAUACGGCUAUAAUGCCUUCCUCAGUGACCAGUUGCCUCUGGAUCGGGAGCUGCCGGACACUCGAGACCACAGAUGCAUUGGACGUGAAUAUCCACACAAUCUGCCCUCCAUCAGCGUUGUGCUGAUUUAUCUGGAUGAGGCUCUGUCUGUCAUUCAAAGAGCCAUUUGCAGCAUCAUCAACAGAACUCCAGCCCACCUGCUGAAAGAGAUCAUAAUGGUGGACGACCACAGCAAAAAUGAAGACCUGAAGACACAGCUGCAUGUUUAUAUCAGCUCCAUCAAUGAGAAACACCCAGGCCUGGUGAAGAUGGUGACCCAUCCAGAGCAGAAAGGCCUGGCCCAGGCCAGAAUCUCAGGCUGGAAGGCUGCCACCGGGGAUGUGGUUGCCAUUUUGGACGCCCACAUUGAGGUCCAUGUCAAAUGGGCGGAGCCACUGCUUGCACGUAUCCAAGCUGAUCGCACACUGGUCCUGAGCCCCGUGUUUGACAAAGUGAAUUACUAUGACUUGGAAGUGACAAAUUAUGCUGCCUCUGCUCAUGGUUUUGACUGGGCUCUCUGGUGCAUGUACGUGGCAUUCCCAAAGAAGUGGUAUGAUCAAAACGAUCCUUCACAGCCAGGAAAAGAACUGCUCCAGUCCUGCCCAAAACGCAUCGACCGAAAUCCAGAUAAGAAGUCCACAAUUCUUAUCGCACCGACUGAAGUCCACAACUUAUUCACACCAGCACCAUCUAUGAUUUUUAACGGGAAUGAAAGCGAGGCUGUGAGGGAUAGACAUACAUCUCUUCAGAGUCCCUCUGUAAUGGGAAUACUCGUGGUUGAUCGUCUGUUCUUUGGAGAGAUUGGGACUCUGGAUGGAGGGAUGCAGGUGUAUGGAGGAGAGAAUGUUGAAUUAGGAAUACGGGUGUGGCUUUGUGGAGGAAGUAUAGAGAUUAUUCCCUGCUCUAAAGUUGCCCACAUUGAAAGGGCGCACAAACCCUACAUGCCUGACCUUAAUAGUGUAAUGAAGAGAAAUGCCCUCAGAGUGGCAGAAGUUUGGAUGGACGAAUACAAGAGCAAUGUCCACAUGGCCUGGGGUGUCCCCAUACAGAAUCAUGGAAUAGACAUCGGUGAUGUUUCAGAGAGAAAGAAACUGAGAGAGAGACUGAAAUGCAAACCAUUCAAAUGGUAUCUGGAAAAUGUCUAUACUGAGUUAAGUCAGAGGUAUAUAAUUGCUUAUGGAGCGCUGAUUAAUGACCUGCAAAAAAGUUUAUGUUUGGAUAAGGGGCCAGAUGAGGAGAACACUCCCAUUUUAUAUCCAUGUCAUUUCUUUUCCUCACAGGUAUUUUACUAUACAGCAAAUGGUGAGAUACUUCAUGGCCACUUGCCAACACAUUUACAUGAUCGGAGACGCUGUCUAAUUGAUCCUGGCUCAGGCAGGUUUCCAGAGCUGUCCUGGUGUUCAGACACUGAAAAAACAAAACAUAUGUACUGGGAUUUCAAACAGGGAGAGGCCAUACAGAACAGAGAAACCAAACGCUGUCUGGAGAUCAACGCUGAGCAGAAUGGAAAAUAUGAAAAAAACGUUUUUAUUCAGGAGUGCAGAAACCAGCACUGGAGGAUACAGAAUUUAAUUCAGGACUUAUGAAACACAAGAUUUAAUCAAUUUAGAUAAACGCAGCUGACACACUGGAGCCCGCUGGAGAAACAUCACAGAUAGUGUUGGUGCUAAAAAAAUUAAUGCAGCUACGAACUGAAAAAAAUUAGGUACUAAAAAUGGCACAAAAAUAUUAUAUGGCUGAUGAGAAAGUAAAAAUAGAAUUGAUAAUCGGAAAGAGGGUUUAAGAGAAAAAUUAUGAUUUUCACAGUUCAAAUUCACACAGUUCUUGCAGCCCCAUAAAUAAAUAAUUUGUUACAUCUGAUGUCUUUUAGAAGUAUGUGUAUGUUGUGUUUCUGAGUGUGUCUGUGCAGGAGAAGGUGUGGUCUGCACUCAAGCCAGCAGAGAUCUGAUUAGGUAUCAGUGAAAAGGACCUUAAUGCGUGUCAUUUGUUUUGCUCUGUCUUAGUUUCCUCUCUGAUUGUGUGUACUUGCUGUUACAUUUGUAAAUUCUCAGUUAUGGGAAGUAGGGAGUGUGACGCCAUUUCUUUUGCAUAUAUUGUUUGUUCUAUGUUUUGGGUUAAGGGAGUAAGGGAAGUUGUGUUGUAUUUUUCUUUUGAUGUGCUUUUUUUUUCUUUUUCUUUUUCUUUUAAGGUAAUUUAGAGGGAACUAAAUCUAGUUAUUUUUGUUUAUUUUGUACUUUUCCACUUCUGAAUUUGAUCCAUUUGUUACUGAUUUUCAUUAUAAUAUUUUUAAUUUAUUUUUGUUUGAUAUGACCUUUUUUGUGAGUGAGCACGCAUUCAUUUAUGUUGCAGCUGUAACAAAUUUUAAAAUAAAAAAAAUCAAAAUAAAACACAAGAAAAUUUUACUUGCAUGUCAUGUGACUGUUAACUGACAUCAGAGAUGUGUGAAUAUGCAAAUGUGCUUUUAAACUACUGAAAUGUUUAGAAAUGGUUUCAUGUUUCUAUGUAAUCUGUCCUAUUCCUAACAGCCCUCAAUGGGGCAUGUUGUUACAAAAUGUCAAUGUCUAUUAAAGGAGUAACCAAA